CUCCCCUUCUUCUUCUUUUUUUGUUUUCCUUUUUUUGUUCUUCCUGUGGUUUGUACUCGCUGGGAUGAUGUGGACCCUCACAGCGCUCGGAGUAUGACAGAAGAUUUUUAAGGAUGCUGGACUUGUGCUGCUCGUUUGGCUCCUCUCUUUCUACUUAGGUGCCAACACGGUGGAUGCGUCGGACCGGAGUGGACGAGCCUGCUUCCUGCCCAGCGGUCCGCAUUCACAAAGUCAACAUCUUUUCGUGUGUGUGUGUGUGCGCGCGCGCGUGUGUGGUGCCUUUAUUUAUUUAUUUAUUUAUUUUCUUUUUGAUUUGAUUCUUCUCCGGAGCGACUUGCAGAAAAGAUGUAACGACCGAUCCGCCUUUUAUUGGUCGCGCGUCUCAGGUCUCCUCCAGCAAAAUGCAGAAGGGAAUACGACUUAAUGACGGUCAUGUCACCUACCUGGGGCUUUUGGCGAAAAAGGAUGGUACGAGGCGAGGGUGCUUGAGCAAAAAGAGCUCUGACAACACGAAAUGGCACACGAAGUGGUUCGCUCUGCUGCAGAACAUGCUCUUUUAUUUCGAGAACGAGUCCAGCUCUCGACCCUCGGGAUUAUACCUGUUGGAGGGAUGCAUAUGCGACAGGGCGCCUUCACCCAAACCCUCGCAGUCAGCCAAGGAGUGUUUGGAAAAGCAGUACUAUUUCACCGUCAGCUUCACCCACGAAAACCAAAAGGCGCUCGAGUUACGCACAGAGGAUGUAAAGGACUGCGAUGAAUGGGUGGCUGCGAUAUCCCACGCCAGUUACAGAAACUUGGCCAACGAGCAUGAGACUCUCAUGCAGAAGUAUCUUCAUCUGCUUCAGAUUGUGGAGACGGAGAAAACAGUUGCUAAGCAACUUCGACAACAGAUAGAAGACGGGGAAAUAGAGAUUGAAAGGCUUAAGUCGGAGAUCGCUGGGCUGCUCAAAGACAACGAGAAGAUCAGCGCCAGCCCCGCAGCUGCCCCGUCCGAUGACGACUCAGAGAUCAAGAAAAUCAAAAAAGUCCAGAGCUUCCUGCGAGGCUGGAUCUGCAGGAGGAAGUGGAAGACAAUCAUCCAGGAUUAUAUCCGCUCGCCGCACGCAGAGAGCAUGAGGAAGAGGAACCAGGUGGUGUUCAGCAUGUUGGACUCGGAGGCCGAGUACGUCCAGCAGCUUCACAUCCUGGUGAACAACUUCCUGAGGCCGCUGCGCAUGGCGGCCAGCUCCAAGAAACCGCCCAUCACCCACGACGAUGUCAGCAGCAUAUUCCUCAACAGUGAAACCAUCAUGUUUCUACAUCAGAUAUUCUAUCAGGGGCUAAAAGCUAGAAUAGCGAGCUGGCCAACGUUAGUACUUGCCGACCUGUUCGAUAUCCUGCUGCCCAUGCUGAACAUCUACCAGGAGUUUGUGAGGAACCACCAGUACAGCCUGCAGAUCCUGGCUCACUGCAAGCAGAACCGCGACUUUGACAAGCUGCUGAAGCAGUAUGAGGCCAAGCCCGACUGUGAGGAGAGGACUCUGGAGACCUUCCUCACCUACCCCAUGUUCCAGAUUCCUCGCUACAUUCUCACGCUCCACGAACUCCUGGCCCACACACCUCACGAGCACAUAGAGAGAAACAGUCUGGACUACGCCAAGUCCAAGCUGGAGGAGCUCUCCAGAAUCAUGCACGACGAGGUGAGCGAGACCGAAAACAUCCGGAAGAACCUGGCAAUCGAGCGCAUGAUCGUGGAGGGCUGCGAGAUUCUCCUCGACACCAGCCAGACGUUUGUGAGACAAGGGUCUCUCAUCCAGGUACCGAUGAGCGAGAAGGGCAAGAUCACCCGUGGGCGACUGGGCUCUCUCUCUCUGAAGAAGGAGGGGGAGAGGCAGUGCUUUCUCUUCUCCAAGCAUUUAAUCAUCUGCACCAGAGGUUCUGGGGGAAAGCUUCAUCUCACCAAGAAUGGAGUAGUCUCGCUGAUAGACUGCACUCUUAUGGAGGACCCUGAGGGGACAGAUGAUGAGUCCAAAUCAGACAAGAGCGGCCAGGACAUGGAGCACCUGGACUUCAAGAUUGUCGUGGAGCCGAAGGACAGCCAGUCAUUCACAGUCAUCCUGGUGGCCUCCUCCAGGCAGGAGAAGUCUGCAUGGACCAGUGACAUCAGCCAGUGCAUAGACAACAUCCGCUGCAAUGGGCUGAUGAUGAACGCGUUUGAAGACAACUCCAAAGUCACAGUGCCACAGAUGAUCAAGUCAGAUUCCAGUCUGUACUGCGAUGACGUCGACAUCCGCUUCAGUAAGAUGAUGAACUCCUGCAAGGUGCUGCAGAUCCGCUACGCCAGCGUGGAGCGCCUGCUGGAGAGGCUGACCGACCUCCGGUUCCUCUCCAUUGACUUCCUCAACACCUUCCUGCACUCCUACCGCGUGUUCACCACUGCCGAUGUGGUGCUAGACAAACUCAUCACCAUCUACAAGAAGCCCAUCAGCGCCAUCCCGGCUCGGUCCCUGGAGUUAUUCUUUGCCAGCAGUCAGAACAGUAAACUUCUAUAUGGAGAGCCUCCCAGCUCCCCCAGGGCCAGCAGAAAGUUCUCCUCACCCCCUCCUCUCGCCAUCGCCAAGAAUUCAUCCCCAAACCGCCGGCGCAAGCUCUCCCUCAACAUCCCCAUUAUCACUGGGGGCAAAGCUCUUGACCUCGCUGCCCUCAGCUGCUCCUCAAACGGCUAUGCAAGCAUGUACUCAUCCAUGUCACCGUUCAGCAAGACCACCUUGGACAUCAACAAACUGUAUGUGUCCAGCCCUAUCGCAAGCAAAAUCCCCGACGAGGGAGAGGACAAGAAGGACAAGGCGGAGGACACUCCGGCAUCCAAACAAGAUCUCUCCGUGAGGGAAGAAAGUGACAACGAUCCGAACCAGAGUGAUGACGGGGACGCAGAAGCCUCUCCCACUAAGUCACCAACCACCCCGAAAAACCUCAAAUGCAAAAACUCCUCAGAGUUUUCCCUGUUUUCCUACAACAACGGCAUGGUGAUGUCCUCGUGUAGAGAGAUGGAUAACAACCGCAGUGCCCUGUCUGCUGCCUCUGCCUUCGCUAUUGCAACAGCCGGAGCGAAUGAGGGCACACCUACCAAGGAAAAAUAUCGGCGAAUGUCCCUCGCCAGCACCGGCUUCCCAACGGAUCAGAGAAAUGGAGACAAAGAGUUUGUGAUCAGACGAGCAGCGACCAACAGAGUUCUGAACGUCCUGAGGCACUGGGUGUCCAAACACUCUCCGGAUUUUGAGACAAACAACGAGCUGAAGACAAAAGUGAUCGCCUUCCUGGAGGAAGUGAUGCAUGACCCAGAGCUGCUGACCCAGGAGAGGAAGGCAGCCGCCAACAUCAUCAGGACUCUAACUCAGGAAGAUCACGGUGACAAUCAGAUCACCCUCGAAGACGUGACACAACUGAUGGACGGAGGGAAGUGCGAGCCAUUCGAGAGCCACUCUGCUCUGGAGAUCGCAGAGCAGCUCACCCUGCUGGACCACGUGGUGUUUAAGGUCAUCCCAUACGAGGAAUUCUUUGGACAAGGCUGGAUGAAGAACGACAAAAAUGAGAAGACACCGUACAUCAUGAGAACGACGAAGCACUUCAAUGAUAUAAGCAACCUUAUCGCCACGGAGAUCCUGCGCUGUGACGACGUGGUCACUCGCGUAUCCGUCAUAGAGAAAUGGGUGGCUGUGGCCGACAUCUGUCGCUGUCUCCACAACUACAACGCCGUGCUCGAGAUCACCUCCUCCCUCAACCGCAGCUCCGUCUUCCGCCUCAAGAAGACCUGGCUCAAGGUUUCCAAGCAGACAAAAGCUUUGAUUGACAAGCUGCAGAAGCUGGUCUCAUCAGAAGGCAGGUUCAAAAACCUGAGAGAAGCUUUGAAGAACUGUGAUCCUCCCUGUGUGCCCUAUUUGGGGAUGUACCUCACCGACCUGGCUUUCAUCGAGGAGGGAACACCAAACUACACCGAAGACAACUUGGUCAACUUCUCCAAGAUGAGAAUGAUCUCUCACAUCAUCAGAGAAAUCAGGCAGUUUCAGCAAACAGCAUACAAGAUUGACCUGCAACCAAAGGUAUCCCAGUAUCUACUGGACCGGAGCUUUGUUCUGGAUGAAGAAAGCAUGUACGAAGCCUCACUCAGAAUUGAGCCGAAAGUGCCCAACUGAUGGGGAAGUCGGUCCUCCACGUUAUUUUCUCUGUUAAUAUUACACAUCAGUUAAUCAUCUUUUGUAUAGUUGUACAUGUUUAAGAUAUUUGCUCCUCUGUACAGUAGAUGUUUAAUGACACAAAAACUUUCAGUGUAUUUUUUUUUUUUUUUUUGGUUUGUUGCCAUGACGCCACCUGCAUUAAGGAUUUCUUUUUUUAAAUUGUUUUGAGGUAUUUCAUGCAUAAUAACAGAGGUCACUUUGGUUGUUCACAGCUGUGCCUUCUUAGUGACCAAUGACAUUAUUUUGCAUCAUCAUACUGUGUCGACUUUGCACUUUCUGAGCACUCGUGCUGCCGGCUGUUGUUCUCUUUGCUUGAGUUUUAUCGAUAACUGAGUUUCUCUGCAACCAAUGUAGCAUUGUAAAAAAUGUAACUGCAUCAAAUCAGGUAAAAGAGCAAAGAGAAUAUAACUGUUUCUUAAAGAUAAGGAACAAUGAUCAGUGGAGAAGACAGAGAGAUAUCUGAAGCAUCACUGUCUCAGUGCUUCCCAAACCAAAAUAAGGUUCUUCAUCUUAAUCAUAUUUUGCACUGCGGACCAUUUUUUUUUAUUAUUGGUUCUGUCAUUGUGGAUCAACCUAAUCAGACAAACAGAGGAUGAAAACAACACAUAAAAACAAAGCCACUAAACUUAUUUAAAUGACACGACUUACUCCACAGCCGUGCUACAGCAGUGAUUUGAGCCAAAUACUAACAUCAUUAUGUUAAAAUGCUCAAAAUGACAAUGCUGACAUGCUUAUCAUCAUCAUUUCCUAUGGUCACCAUCUUUUUUUGGUGUAUAAGCAAGCUUACAUUUGCUAAUUACUGCGAAAAACAAAGUCCAGCUGAGGCUGACAGGAAUGUAGUUCAUUUUGCGGGUAUUUGAUUAUAAAGAAAAGUAUUACACCAGUUGAACUUAUGAUCUGAUGGUGGCUCCAGAUCAAAUGUCUGAGGAUCACUAAAGUAACUACAUUUCAUCCUGAGAGGGACCUGAACGUUUGUACCAAAUUGCAGUGCAAUCCAUGCAAUAGUUGUUGAGACAUUUUAUUAGAAACCACUAAAGUGAACCUCAAGGUGGCACUUGAAGAAAAGUCAGACAGUCAUUAAAGUCAGUCGGCCUCAUCCUUUGGGGCCACGAAUUUGUGCCAAACUUUAGCGCAAUCCAUCUAAUAGUUGUUGAAAUAUUUCAGUUUGAAUCAAAAGGGAGACCAGCUGACAGACCUGCAUUAUCAUCUUCAUGUCCACACUACUUGCAUGGCUAUGAACCGUACAGUUUCUAACCUGCUCGAUGGCAAAAAAUGUGAAGGCCAUUAACAGCUGACAGGGGUCGAGAGCCUCCGCUCUACGAUACAUAUUAACCUAAAAAAAAUCAAAGUGUCUUUAUAUUUGCUUUAAAGGAGCAAUUGCUGAGAUAAGGCCAGAAUUUUAGCUGAAAAAACAUUCUAAAAAUGAACUUACAUUAUCAACAGAGUUUGAAGAAACAACAGUGUUGACAUAACACCAAAGAUAUGUACUGUGUUCGAGGAAUAUCCACUGAAAGUAGCAUAUACCAGCUAGCCCCAGCCUGUACUGUCUCAUAAAUCCACUUUCAACUGGAAAGUGGCAUCAGUCUAAUAGCCCCGUAGUUUCACUGGGUAAUAACUGAACAAAAUAAAUUUAGAAAAUAAACAAGAAAUGAAAUACUUUUACUUCUAUUUUUCUUUUACUACAUAGAAAAAUAAAAUGCGUACCUUCAGAAUUCAUGUUUACUCGCUAAGUAGUACUCUACUAAGAUGAGCGUAACUGCCUUGUUAUCUCAUCGUAAAACACAUCUCAAUGAAACUCGACAUGAAACUUAAUAAAAAUGACAAACGCAGUCUUGGUUUGUCUUUCAGAAAUCAGCCCUGAUUCAGUUUAAAUAAAACCUAAAUUCGCAGAGGAAGAUGGGAUACUCGUUAGUCUCGGAGGCUGUGUUCCCUCUCAUGUCAGGUAAAUCCCCCUGUGAUCCGAGGUCCGGCUCCAGAAAAACUCUAGGAACUACUACCAAGGUCAGCGAGCAGCAGCUUAUAGCCUAUUUUUCUAGAACUACCUUCAAAUUCUUGCCAUAUUCUACAAAUUACACCUUUAAGGAGCCCAAACUGAUCUCAGACACCUCACGUUCAUUAAUCUGAUCAGUUCUAAGCUGCCCAGCAACACUCAGUGAAUCCUUUUCACAGAUUGCUGUGAAUUAAGGUGAGAAAUUAGUCAUUUACUGCAACGCUCAAAAUACACCAGUACAGGACACCAAGUUCUCCCUGUCAAAUUUCAUGUUUCUUGGUUUUUUUAAAUUUUUUUUAGUCCAGCUCAUAAAAAAAAAAAAAGUUCACAUACGAUGGAAAGUGUUGUAUACCUUCAGGUUUGGCGAUACUUCUGUAGAGUGAAAGGUUGUUGCUCUUCUGUAAUUAAAAGACAAUCUGUCCUUUUUUGCUGUUCCAGUGAUUGUGGAACGUGACUGUAUACCACUCUGUUAUAUGCAUUGCUGUUUAAGAACUAUGAUAAAACAUAUGUGAAUGACCUCUGCCUGCAGCAUUCAAACACUAUUUUUGUAGUAGUAUAAGAGAGAGUGACCUGCUCUUUAUAUGAACAUGGGAAAGUAUUUUGUACUUUGUUGUUAAACUCACCUCACUGAGAUGUGCUGUACAUUUUGUACAUGCAACCCUGCAUAUUUCUCAAUGUGGAACAGUGUAAUCCUUUAAAACAAAACAA